UUUUCCUGGAAAAUUCAGACUCCCGACACUUCAAAGCCCAACGCCUCCUCUCAUAACCAAGAAAAAGUAUUCAUCGUUCUCUGAAUUGGUUUGCCAUCAAACGUCAAUUUCCCGAUAGUGGAAGCCGGAAGGCAAAGAAGAUGGACAACUCGAGCCAAGACUCCUUCCUUAGAUUGGGAAACUGUGUCACCUAUGAUUCCCCCCAUCCUCUUUAUUCCUUGGCCUUGUCCUCCACCCCCUCCCGCAUCCAACCCCAUCACCAAACUGUCGCCGUCGGCAGCUUCAUCGAGGACUUCAACAAUCGUGUCGACAUCCUCUCCUUCGAUCCCGAAACCCUCUCUCUCAAGCCCAACCCUUCUCUCUCAUUCGAACAUCCUUAUCCACCUACCAAACUCAUGUUCCACCCCUCUUCCCUCCGCAAAUCCGCCUCCGACCUCCUCGCCUCCUCCGGUGACUUCCUCCGUCUCUGGGAGAUCCGAGACACUUCUAUUGAACCCCUCUCUGUUCUUAACAACUCCAAGACCAGCGAAUUUUGUGCUCCUCUCACAUCCUUCGACUGGAACGAGGUUGAGCCCAAGCGAAUUGGGACUUCCAGCAUCGACAAUACCUGCACCAUCUGGGACAUCGAAAAGGGUGUUGUUGAAACCCAGUUAAUUGCCCACGAUAAGGAAGUGUACGAUAUUGCCUGGGGGGACGCAAGGGUUUUCGCAUCUGUUUCCGCCGAUGGGUCCGUGAGGAUAUUCGAUUUGAGGGAUAAGGAGCACUCUACCAUAGUCUACGAGAGCCCUCAACCGGAUACGCCUUUGCUCAGAUUGGCUUGGAACAAGCAGGAUUUGAGGUACAUGGCCACGAUUCUAAUGGAUAGCAAUAAAGUUGUGAUCUUGGAUAUCAGAUCACCUACUAUGCCCGUGGCGGAAUUGGAGAGGCACAGAGCCUGCGUUAAUGCCAUUGCUUGGGCUCCGCAGAGUUGCAGUCAUAUAUGUUCGGUUGGGGAUGACGCGCAGGCCCUCAUUUGGGAAUUGCCCACGGUGGCUGGGCCAAAUGGGAUCGAUCCCUCAUUGAUGUGCUCUGCCGGGUCUGGAAUUAACCAGCUGCAGUGGUCGGCUGCUCAACCGGACUGGAUUGCCAUUGCUUUCUCUAAUAAAAUGCAGUUUCUGAAAGUUUAAGGCCAAUGGGUCAAGCAAGCCCAAGAACCCGAACGAGGCCCACGAUAAGGAAUAUCUGAUCCAAAUUCCCAACAGCUCUCCAACACCACGCCAGCAUCUCACUAACAUGACAGCAACCAUUCGAAUAAAGCUGCGACUUUAUUGCAGAGAAAAAAAGAAAAGGGCAAACUCUGCUCGACUGCUAUGACUGUUACCGAUUAAUCACUUGUUGGUUUUUGUUUGUGAAGUUUUCUCGAUAUAUGUAAUGUAAGAGCUUUAAUUAAAAAAAACUUCCUCUACCAUUGCCCAAAGGAUUAGAGUGACA